CGGCAGCCAGAGGUAGGUGAUAGGUGGGCCGGGUCUCACCGCCUGCGGUCCCCGGCCUCGCCCGCUCGCGCUCCGCUGCCAACCCACGAUGCCGCAGUAUCAGACCUGGGAGGAGUUCAGUCGCGCGGCCAAGAAACUCUACCUCGCCGACCCUAUGAAGGCCCGUGUGGUUCUCAAAUAUAGGCAUUCUGAUGGGAGUUUGUGUAUUAAAGUAACAGAUGAUUUAGUUUGUUUGGUGUAUAGAACAGACCAAGCCCAAGACGUAAAGAAGAUUGAGAAAUUCCACAGUCAACUAAUGAGACUUAUGGUAGCCAAGGAAUCCCCCAGUGUUGCCAUGGAAACGGACUAAAUGGUUUGAAUUGAAGAUCUGUCCUGUUCUUACGAAGUAAAUCUCUUUUGAAUCUGAAAAA